ACCCAGACCGAGAAGAGCGAUUUUCAAAAAGUUUUAAACAAACCAGUGACUGCUGCGCAAACAUGGCCGUGUUUAUUCUGCGCUAACUGCUAGCUCCUUUUAGACACUAGAAGCACUCACACGAUGGACGGGGAUGAAAACCACAAACUUUCAACGAACAAUAAAGCCACCGACUCUCCAAAGGCUCCUACCAUUGAGGAUUUCAUUAUUUUGAAACCAAUCAGUCGCGGUGCUUUUGGCAAAGUCUAUCUUGCUCGGAAGAAAUGCAACGCUCGCUUAUAUGCCAUCAAGACAAUGAAGAAGGCAGAAAUGGUGGACAAAAACAUGAGAGGUCAAAUGAAAGCAGAAAGGGAUGCUCUAGCAUUGAGCAAAAGCCCCUUUGUGGUUCAACUUUUCUACUCCCUUCAGACAGCCACCAAAAUCUACCUGGUGAUGGAAUACCUCAUAGGAGGAGACGUGAAAUCGCUGCUGCAUAUUUACGGCUAUUUCGACCAGGACAUGGCGGUCAAAUACACAUCAGAGGUUGCGCUUGCGUUGGACUACUUGCACCGCCAUGGGAUUAUCCACAGGGACUUAAAGCCGGACAACAUGCUUGUUUCCAAUGAGGGUCACAUUAAAUUAACCGACUUCGGACUUUCCAAAGUCAAGCUGGACAGAGAGCUGAAACUUAUGGAUAUCCUUACUACACCUUCCUUUCCAAAACCCAAGAAGGAUUACUUCCGCACGCCGGGUCAAAUCAUCUCCUUGAUCAGCUGCAUUGGCUUUAACACCCCUGUGAUGAAAGCCAAGCGCCACAGCAGCGCGUCCGCCGCGUUCUCUUCUGCGACUUGUAGUAAAGCGAAAAACCAAAAGAAGAACUCUCUGGGCUCCCCCUUGAUGAGGACAAAAGAGACCAUCACAAGCUCCCCGGGUCACGUCCAAUGGAAGACAGGGCCGUACAACCGCGUGUUCAGUCCUCAUCACCUGGCAAAGAAUCUGACGCCCUCGCUGAUGAAGACGAGGAAGCGGUUUGAGACGACGAGCGCAGACAGCACCACUGACACAGACGCAGGAGUCAGCCCUCUGUGGGAGUACGAUGAGAAAGAAAAUGAGCAAAACAAAAAGAACACAAGAAGACAUUCGGAGUCCAAAGAGUCCCCCGUAAAGACAGGAAGGUGUGAGUCCAGCAGCGGUCGGUCAGCAACAAAGCCUGUCUCUCUAGUGCCGAGAGACGGCGCUCAGGUUUCGUCAUCCGUCAAGAGAACGUUUUCGGACAUGCAAAUGAGUCCAGAACCGUUGGAGAACCACGCCAAGAGGAGCACUGCGCACUACAAACGAUGCUGUGAGAUUCCGCACGAGAACGCCGGCUGUCACACCAACCUCACUGGAGCUUUUUCUACAGUCGGACUAGCUGAGAUAACUGAUUGCGCCCCCAAGCGCUCCAGUCCCAUCGUCGUGGUAAAGCGUCUCCUCCACGAACUGGAAGAGGAGAUGUUGGACGACGACGCCACUAAAGACCUGUCUGAUUCCAGUUUGACAUCGCUCCUGGCCGUGGAUAGCGCCGUUUGCAGGAGCUUGAGUAUGAAUUCGGAUGUCUCUGUGCUGGAAACGUCCCUGACCGUCGACAAUGACACCUCGCUCACCCACAGAGCGCCUCCUGAGGACAUCAAAGUGCCAUCACAACCACAAGAUUCCCCCUCUCAUGUCAGCGGGAUGUCGAUUUCUGUCCACAAAUGGGACUCCAGGUCCUCUCUUCUGAACUGGCCUCCCGACCCAGCUGAUGUCAUGGCGCAGUCCUCUUCGUUCCUCAAGCCGAAAACCGUGGUCGCCUUCCGGAGCUACUGCAGCUCCAUUAACCGCUCCAACACAUCGGGCGUGUCGCGGCUCAGCUUCGCCUCCAUGGACAACAUGGAUGUGUCCAUGCAGGUACCAUGUCACUCGGGCACUGUCACGCCGGUCCAGAAGAGGACCAGCUCCCACAGCUCACUCUGUCAGACUCCUCAGGCCAAGUCGACCUCCCACACCCCCUUCAGGACGCCAAAAAGCGUGCGAAGGGGGCAACUGCCCGUCGAGGAGGUGCCCAUUUUAGGCACCCCAGACUACCUGGCUCCGGAACUCCUUUUGGCGAAGCCUCACGACUGCAUGGUGGACUGGUGGGCGCUUGGCGUGUGCCUGUUCGAGUUCCUCACAGGUGUGCCGCCCUUCAACGACGAGACGCCUCAACUUGUCUUCCAGAAUAUACUAAACAGAGACAUCCCCUGGCCCGAUGCAGAUGAGGAACUGUCGGAUGAAGCGAGAAAUACAAUUGAAAAACUGCUGACUAUGGACACAACUAAACGGGCAGGACUCAAAGAACUGAAGUGCCACCCGCUGUUUGAGGGAUGCGACUGGGAGGACUUGCAGAACCAGCCCAUGCCGUUUAUUCCGCAGCCCAAGGACGAGACGGACACGUCGUAUUUUGAGGCAAGAAACAACGCUCAGCACAUCGCUGUGUCGGGAUUCAGUCUGUAGUUUUAGUCAAAUGUCUCCUCGUUGUUAAAAAAAAAACUUAUGUGCAAUCACUACAUUUUUAUGCCAUAGUAAAUUAGCAGUGGCAAUUUGCUCUUAUUUUACCGGCUUCCCUUUCUCUCCUGUGAUGUGUGUGUAAAUGGGGCACUUUUUGUCUGUAUCGCAUUUUUGUUGCCGUGGCGGUUAAAGAACUUUUAAUAUAUUUAUCGAUUGUUUAUUUUCUUGGUUCAGCUACGUGCUUUUGAAAGACGGUUAAUGUUGUUUUUAUGAUCUUCCUGCAUCGAUCAGGAAAAAAUGCUGAUAAAAUGUAACAUGUUGUACUUCGUCACCCUGCUCACAACACCCCAAUAAA